GGUGAAGACUAUUAACUCUGUUAUUCUUUUCUUACAGAUGGAGUUUAUUAAAGAAGAGACUGAAGACAUGAAGAUAAUUAUUAAAGAUGAGACUGAAGACAUGAAGAUUGAAGAUAUUGAGGAACAAACAGACCUAACAGCACUGAGAGAGGCUAGCCAUGAACUUAAUGAAAGGGAAGAAGAGAAAGAACAUAAUGAUAAACAUGAUUUCAUGACUGGGGAAAGGUCGACGCUGGCUAAAAAGACUUCCUCACGAAACAGAGUUCAAAAGACAGGAACUAAAAGAUAUUUCACCUGCCAACAGUGUGGAAAGAGUUUUGAUCAACUUAGAAACCUUCAAGUCCACAUGAGAAUUCACACUGGAGAGAAACCCUUUUCUUGUCGGCAAUGUGGAAAGAGUUACAUUCAAAAAGGAAACCUUAAAGUCCACAUGAGAAUUCACACUGGAGAAAAGCCUUACACCUGCCAACAGUGUGGAAAGAGUUUCAAUCAAAAAGGAAACCUUAAUGUCCACAUGAGAAUUCACACUGUAGAGACCCCAUUCGCCUGCGUACAGUGUGGACAGAGUUUCAGUGAAAAAGGGAGACUUGAAAUCCACUUGAGAAUUCACAAAGGAGAAAAGCCUUACACCUGUCAAGAGUGUGGAAAGAGUUUCACACAAAAAAGAAACCUUAAAGUCCACAUGAUAUCUCACACUGGAGAGAGCCCAUUCACCUGCCAACAGUGUGGAAAGAGUUUCAGUGACAAAAGAAAACUUGAAAUCCACACAAGAUCUCACACUGGAGAAAAGCCUUACACCUGCCAACAAUGUGGAAAGAGUUUCAGUGAGAAAGGAAACCUUACAGCACACAUGAGAAUUCACACUGGAGAAAAGCGUCAUACCUGUCAAGAGUGUGGAAAGAGUUUCAGACAAAAAGAAAAACUUGAAAUCCACAUGAGAAUUCACACUGGAGAAAAGCCUUACAUCUGUCAAGAGUGUGGAAAAAGUUUCAGUCAUAAAGGAAACCUUGUAGUCCACAUGAGAAUUCACACUGGAGAAAGCCCAUUCGCCUGCCAACAGUGUGGAAAGAGUUUCAGUCAAAAAUAUAAACUUAAAACCCACAUGAGAAUUCACACUGGAGAAAAGCUUUACACCUGCCAGCAAUGUGGGCAGAGUUUCAGUCAAAAAGGAGGCCUUAAGCACCACAUGAGAACUCACACUGGAGAAAAGCCUUACACCUGCACUCUGUGCGGGAAUGGCUUUACACGGGAGCAAAUCCUUAGGGAACACAUGAAUAUUCACACUGGAGAGAAGCCUUUUACAUGUGAUCAGUGUGGAAAGAGUUUCGCACAUAAAUUGUCACUUUAUUUUCACAUGAGAAUUCACACUGGAGAGAAGCCGUACAAAUGUGAUCAGUGUGGAAAGAGUUUCAGUCAAAUAGGAAACCUUAAAGACCACAUGAGAACUCACACUGGAGAAAAGCCUUACACCUGCACUCUGUGUGGGAAUGGCUUUACACGGGAACAAAUCCUUAGGGAACACAUGAAUAUUCACACUGGAGAGAAGCCUUUUACAUGUGAUCAGUGUGGAAAGAGUUUCACAUAUAAAUUGUCACUUUAUUUUCACAUGAGAAUUCACACUGGAGAGAAGCCAUACAAAUGUGAUCAGUGUGGAAAGAGUUUCACACGAAAAUCGUCACUUCAUUGUCACAUGAAAAUUCACACUGGAGAGAAGCCAUUCAUGUGUGAUCAGUGUGGAAAGAGUUUCAGAUUCAUGGGUAACCUUAGGGACCACAUGAGGAUUCACUCGAAAGAGAGCUGUUUUAGAAGUCGUCACUCUGGAAAGAGCAGAGGUGUAAAGAGUACCUGAAAACCAUACUUGAAUAAAAGUACAGAUACCUUAUCUGCCUCAUCUCCUAAAUCAAACACCUGCGAUUCACAACUAACUGCUAAUACACUUGCAUUCAUGUAAAGUAGCCUUGUUGGCAAGUUUGGGUGAGUAAAGGAAAACAUACGAGAUAUAGUACCUACAAUGCCUUCUUUAUAGCAGAAACUGCUGCAGAAAGUUAGGUGCCAUGCAAAAUGUAAUGUAAUUAUUGGAGUAAAACAUACAUUUACUUGUUCAUAAAUGUAGUCAAGUAAAGAGUAAAAGUUGCUAAUAUCCUGAUACAAAGUAGCCAAAAAGAUACUUAAGUACAGUAACUAAUAGCAUUUACUCAAACACUUUACACCACUGGGAAAUAGUUCCACAGACAGUUUCCGUAACUGGCAGAUUUAAAGAAAAUUACCGCAGUUUGGCAAAUAAAUUACGGACAGUUACAAACACAUUACCAAUCAUGUAGGCAUAAA